ACAGUCUUGAAGAAAAUCAUUACACGAGGAGAAAUGCUCGAAAACUCCAUAUUGGCAGGUCUAGCAACAAUGGUAGAAAAGAAAGGAUGUAUUGAUUGAUGAUCAAAGAAUUUCCACGUCUCAUCUCAAUCAUUUUUCACUCUUUAAAACUUCCAGGCAACCACAGGUCCCAUCAUUUCAUUCUAAGUUUCUAAUCAAUCAAGAAGCAUUAUUGAUGAUAGAAAGUUAAGCAAAAUUGGAAUUGGUGGAAUGAUCAUAAUCAUAAACUGAGAAGAAGAGCAGCAAGUUGUAGUAGAAGCACCUAGGCUGUAAAGUGUAGGCGUUGACUCCGGAAAAACCGAAAGAACUUUUACAUCGUGACUCUCAUGGCCUUUCUCCACUUUCUUGCCCAUAUCAAUCUUUCUCCUUUUCUGUUUAUUAUCUACCUCUCACGUUCUAUCCGUAAAGGUUGUAGGUAGGUCUCUGUCUUAGUCUCUCUUUCUAUUCCUUCUCUUUGCCUUAUUGAUUGCUUCACGGGCUUAUUUAUGUUCUGCGUUCUGUCAUUGCCUUAGACAUUAGUUUUCAGAGUCAAAACCAAAUACCUGUUCUUAGAAGUAAUUUUCAAGUUCGGUUUGUCCAAGUCCUUUAUUCAAAGUUCUCUCUCUGUGCUUUCUUUUUCUUUUUUCUGUCAGGAAUUGGGUGAGUGUAGAAUUGGAACCAGGGACAUGCGCUUUAAACUAAACAUUGCAGGCUCGAUUUUUUCUUUAUUGACUGAAUUCUAGUCAUUCUUGCCUCGGAAAGUUGCAAUGUUGGAGAGGACUUGUUUUUAACUCUGCUGUCUUGUGACUUCUUGCAUCACACUCUGAGUGCUCCACAACCGAGUGCUUCUUUUCCUAUUCAAUUUUGCAUCUUCAUUUUUCUUGAAUAUGAUGCCAAGCCAGUUGAAUUCUCCCAUUCCUUACAACCUCUUUUGCUUGGUCUUUUUGAUGCUUUAUUUCCAUUUUGUGUUCGUAAUAUCAUUAAAUCAAGAGGGUGCUUUUCUUUUGGAGUUUACGAAGUCAGUCAUUGAUCCUGAUAACAAUCUUCAAGGCUGGAAUUCUUUGGACUUGACUCCUUGCAACUGGAAGGGAGUAGGUUGUUCUACCAAUCUUAAGGUAACGUCUUUGAAUCUCCAUGGCCUUAAUUUGUCUGGUAGUCUGUCUACAACUGCAAGUAUAUGUCAUAAUCUCCCUGGUUUAGUCAUGUUGAAUAUGUCCUCCAACUUCUUUUCUGGUCCCAUUCCUCAGUAUCUUGAUGAGUGUCAUAAUCUAGAGAUUCUUGACCUUUGUACCAAUAGGUUUCGUGGGGAAUUUCCAACACAUCUGUGCACACUUAACACUCUUAGACUGCUUUAUUUCUGUGAGAAUUAUAUAUUCGGAGAAAUCUCUAGGGAGAUAGGAAAUUUGACUUUACUUGAAGAGCUUGUCAUCUAUAGCAAUAAUCUCACAGGUACAAUUCCUGUAUCAAUCCGUGAGUUAAAGCAUCUUAAGGUCAUCAGGGCAGGUUUAAACUAUUUCACAGGUCCAAUACCGCCCGAAAUUAGCGAAUGUGAGAGCUUAGAGAUACUCGGGUUGGCACAGAAUCGUUUCCAAGGUUCUCUUCCAAGGGAGCUUCAGAAACUUCAGAAUCUUACCAAUUUGAUCCUUUGGCAAAACUUUUUGUCUGGGGAGAUUCCUCCUGAGAUAGGAAAUAUCAGCAACCUAGAGGUGAUUGCAUUGCAUGAAAAUUCCUUUAGUGGGUUUCUUCCAAAAGAACUUGGCAAAUUAUCCCAGCUAAAAAAACUGUACAUAUAUACCAACCUGUUGAAUGGAACAAUUCCUCGGGAACUAGGAAAUUGCAGUAGUGCUCUUGAGAUAGAUCUUUCUGAGAAUAGGUUAAGUGGGACUGUUCCAAGAGAGUUGGGGUGGAUUCCUAAUCUCCGCUUGCUUCAUCUUUUUGAGAAUUUCCUUCAGGGAAGUAUUCCCAAGGAGCUUGGAGAGUUAACACAGCUGCAUAACUUUGACCUGUCCAUAAAUAUCCUGACAGGUUCAAUUCCUCUAGAAUUUCAAAACCUGACAUGUCUAGAGGAGUUGCAGCUUUUUGACAACCAUCUUGAGGGUCAUAUUCCUUAUCUCAUUGGGUAUAAUAGUAACCUCUCUGUCCUUGACUUAUCUGCCAACAAUCUAGUUGGUAGCAUACCUCCAUACCUUUGCAGGUACCAGGAUUUAAUAUUUUUGAGCCUUGGAUCAAAUAGGUUGUUUGGAAACAUUCCUUUUGGUCUGAAAACAUGCAAGUCUCUUAGGCAGCUAAUGCUUGGGGGUAACUUGCUUACGGGAAGUCUCCCUGUUGAAUUAUAUCAACUUCAGAAUCUUUCUUCUCUUGAGAUUCAUCAAAACCGAUUCUCCGGGUAUAUACCCCCCGGUAUAGGCAAGCUCGGGAAUUUGAAGAGGUUGCUCUUGUCAGAUAACUAUUUUUUUGGGCAAAUUCCUCCAGAGAUAGGAAACCUGACGCAGCUCGUUGCAUUCAACAUUUCUUCCAAUGGGCUCUCUGGAGGUAUUCCUCAUGACUUGGGAAAUUGCAUAAAACUUCAGAGGCUUGAUCUCAGUCGGAACCAAUUCACAGGCUCUCUCCCGGAGGAAAUUGGCUGGCUGGUGAACCUGGAACUCCUGAAGCUUUCAGACAACAGAAUUACUGGAGAAAUCCCAAGCACCUUAGGCAGUCUAGACAGACUUACUGAGUUGCAAAUGGGAGGAAAUCUUUUUUCUGGUGCCAUACCUGUUGAGCUUGGUCAACUUACCACUCUCCAGAUUGCUCUCAACAUUAGCCACAAUCGCCUUUCUGGUACAAUUCCCAAAGACUUGGGGAAACUGCAGAUGCUAGAAUCACUCUACUUGAACGACAAUCAACUCGUCGGUGAGAUUCCUGCGUCUAUUGGUGAGCUGCUGAGCCUUCUAGUCUGCAAUCUUUCUAACAAUAACCUGGAAGGAGCAGUGCCAAAUACUCCCGCAUUUCAAAAAAUGGACUCAACAAAUUUUGCAGGCAACAAUGGCUUGUGCAAAUCAGGUUCUUACCAUUGUCAUUCUAUGAUCCCAUCUCCUACUCCUAACAAAAACUGGAUCAAGGAGAGUUCAUCCAGAGCUAAAUUAGUGACCAUUAUUUCUGGAGCUAUCGGGUUAGUUUCUCUGUUUUUCAUAGUGGGAAUCUGUAGGGCUAUGAUGCGUCGCCAACCUGCUUUUGUUUCACUUGAAGACGCAACAAGGCCUGAUGUCGAAGACAACUAUUAUUUUCCUAAAGAAGGGUUCUCGUAUAAUGACCUUUUGGUGGCCACUGGAAAUUUUUCGGAAGAUGCAGUUAUAGGAAGGGGAGCCUGUGGCACAGUGUACAGGGCUGUUAUGGCUGAUGGGGAGGUAAUUGCCGUAAAAAAGCUGAAGUCUAGCGGUGCAGGAGCUAGUUCUGACAAUAGCUUCCGUGCUGAGAUAUUGACCCUCGGAAAGAUUAGACACCGUAAUAUUGUUAAGCUCUUUGGAUUCUGCUACCAUCAGGACUACAAUAUCCUUCUAUACGAAUACAUGCCAAAUGGGAGCCUCGGAGAGCAACUUCAUGGAAGUGUCCGAACAUGUUCACUGGACUGGAAUGCUAGAUAUAAAAUUGGUCUUGGAGCAGCUGAGGGUUUAUGCUAUCUACAUUAUGAUUGUAAGCCUAGAAUCAUCCACCGUGAUAUAAAGUCGAACAAUAUUUUGUUGGAUGAAUUACUUCAGGCUCAUGUAGGGGACUUCGGCUUGGCGAAGUUGAUUGAUUUUCCCCACUCCAAAUCCAUGUCUGCUGUUGCAGGUUCAUAUGGUUACAUUGCCCCAGAAUAUGCUUACACAUUGAAGGUGACUGAGAAAUGUGACAUCUAUAGCUUUGGAGUAGUUCUACUGGAACUAAUCACCGGGAAACCGCCUGUUCAAUGUCUAGAGCAAGGAGGGGACCUGGUUACUUGGGUUAGAAGAUCAAUUCAGGAUCCAGGGCCAACAUCUGAGAUAUUUGACAGCAGGUUAGACUUGAGUCAGAAAAGCACCAUAGAGGAGAUGUCUUUAGUUCUCAAGAUUGCAUUAUUCUGCACCAGCACAUCUCCACUUAAUAGGCCAACAAUGAGAGAGGUCAUUGCGAUGAUGAUUGAUGCUAGGGAGGCAGCAGCGAUCCCAUCAGAAUCUCCAACAGCAGAAUCCCCUUAGAUGAA